UCACCUGCUUCACAUUUCUCAUCAGCUGUUCUUUAGUUAAAUCUGUCUCUGGGAAAGCUGGGUGACCACCAGCAUGGCCGCCUGUAAAUCUCCAACAGUACUGAUCACCCGGUCUGGCUGAAGGGAUGAGAGGAGGACACAGCAGAUACUGAGCACGGGCCGGCCACUGAUACUGGUUAUACUGGGAGGGACAGCUGGAGCCGCAGGUGACCGAUCCUGGAGUGUUGUGAGAUGAAUCAGUGAUACAAAAUGUCAGGAGGGGUCAAGGCAGCAACUCUCCCACCGGCCCCUGACCACACAAUAUGGCAGAUGUGAGGCUGAUGUCAAGCUCGAAUUUUGCUAAGACCCCUGUGACUGGGGAUCAUGUGACCUCCUGUGUGACUCCUCUCCUCCCCCGAGCAGCCCCAGCAUUUACCCUGCCCCCGAGGAACAGCCGCAUCUCAGUGGGAAGAACCAUAAGGAUCGAUGGAAAGGUCAGGGGUUGUCCAGAUCCUCAGGUCACAUGGUACAGAAGCGGACAGCCGGUUGUGAGCGUGGGGCGACGCACCGUGGAGCAGAGCGCGAGGGGAACCUUCUGCCUAACCAUAAAAGACGUCACCGCGGAAGACGGUGGAAAAUAUACGUGUGAAGCAUCCAAUGAGGAGGGAGUGCGACAAGUGACCAUCGAACUCACCGUGGAGGGUAGCUCAGCCAUGAAGUACAGUUUGCCCUCGAGCAGCAGGAGCGCAGGGAGCCCAUUCGCUAUUCCUCCGAUAGAAAACCGGCCAAGCAUUUGGGGAGAGUGUCCCCCUAAAUUUGUUACUAAACCGACUCGCCUUGUGGUGAAAGAAGGUCAGACCGGAAGAUUCUCAUUCAAGAUAACUGGGCGACCACAGCCCACUGCCACGUGGGGCAAGGACGAUGUUCAGCUGCAGAGCGGAGGGCGAUAUUACAUGUAUGACAAGUCCGGGGUUUACUUCCUGGAGAUUCACGGAGCGUGUAACACGGAUGCCGGGAUUUAUACCUGUUCUGUGGUUAACAGAUGCGGGAGCAGCGCGGUGUCUGCGGAACUGGUGGUUCAAGGAUGUGACCGGAAUGACGGAAUUUCGUCAGAUCUUGGAUCCCCUGGAACUUCUACAAACAAGAUGGCGGUCAGCUCAGAGGUGGGCACAGAUGGCACCCGGAGCCCUCAGGGGGUUGCAGGCCCGACCGAUCCUGUCCAGAUCAGUAAAUGGUCACCAAGUUGUGGAAAAGACAAGUUUAACGAACGUUGCAGCAGAACGCCUUAUGUACCGCCAGCGUCUUCCACAUCCUCGGCGUCUUCCACGUCCUUAGUUUCUUCCAUGUCUUCCUUGUCUUCGGAAUCUCGUUUGACCAGCGCUAAGACUGAGUCUCCGAGAAGGCUUGAGAGAGGCUUAGCUUCGCCCCUUUUGAGCACGGACAUCCUGGGAUCUAUACGUGGGGUCCGUGAAGAGCUUGGGUCUGAUGGGUCCGUGAAGAGCAGCUCCUACAAAAAACCUCAGGCCACAAGUUCUGCCAAAGAUUCCCCAUCCAUAGUCUCCCGAUACACGGCCAUGCUAGAGUCGAAGACCAAAUCGUCUUCACCUGGUAGAGAACCUGCCAAGCAGUCCGUAAAGGACAAGCCUUCUUCCACGGAUUCGCAGACCCCCACAGUCACCUCAUCGGUAAGACCCCCACUGCCUCCAAAAGAGACCCCAGGUGGAGCCAACAAGGAGGCGCGAACCGUCGCCUCCAGGUACACAAGUAACGUAGAGUCAGACCUCAGACCUCAGUCUACAGUGAGAGGAACCACAAGCUCUAAGGAAAAGUCUUCUGCUGAGAUCCUGCAGAGCAUUGCUCCACUAGCAGCCAUGGAGCUUGGUCCUAAAUGGCCAGAGAAGACCGGUGACUGUAGCGCUCUUCAUCCGCAGGGUUUAGCCAAAACCUCCAAGAAUCCGCCACAUGUGUCUACCAUGGAGACUUCUCUGAGCUCCAUCAGGAAGACUUUGUCUCCAGUCGACUCCAACCCCAAGACGUCUCGCGUUACACCUGAAGAACCAUGUCUGAAGAGCACGCAUCGCCCUGCAGCCAGAGCCGAGCCGACCAGAGGUCCAUCCUGCCAGUCAGUGAGGAGCAUCUCUCUGAAGAAAAGUUCCCCAACUUCUCCUAAAUCAUCUGAGAAGGAAAGUGCGGACCCGAAGCUGCGGGCUCCACGGAGUCCUGAGGGUGGAGGGGGUGUGGAGAAGACGUCCACAGCUCCUGCAGGAACUCCUCAGAUAUCGUCCAGCACCAUCACCCUGAAGUCUGUGAAGGUUCAGCCGGACACUGACCGUGGCCGCUCUGGGAACCGUGACAAUGUGGAACACGUGGCGCCCCGGACCCAGAGAGCGUAUGAUAGAAACCGGAAGGGGGCGCUAGAGGCGCAGACAUCGGGCUCCGGAAAAGCACCAAACUUUGACCUGGCUCCAUCCAAUCUGGAGGUGUCUGAAGGCAGCAAAGUGGUGUUCCAGUGCAAAGUGUCAGGAGAACCUCCGCCUCAUCUUGAAUGGUUUAAGGACGGCUCCCGGGUGCAGGGAAAGGAGGGGGUGCUCCUCGGAGAAGGAUGCCACACUCAUUCCUUCCACUUGCUGAAGGCACGGAGAGAAGACAGCGGCACCUACAGCUGUGAAAUCUCCAAUCUGCUCGGUCGCCAGUCCUGUACCUGGAGCCUGGAGGUGAAACGGUUUGAAGCUGCACAGUUCGCUCCGCGCUUUGCUCAGGUCUUAAAGGACCGAACCUUGAUGGAGGGAGAGGACCUGGUUCUGAGCUGCACCGUGCGUGGAGAUCCACAGCCGGAAGUCAGCUGGUUGUUAAAUAAUCAGCCCAUCCGAUAUGCCCAUGCCACCUACGAAGAUGGGAACGCAGAGCUGACGGUGCGGGAUGCUCUACCUGAGGAUCGGGGCGUCUACACCUGCCUUGCGCAGAGCAGCCUUGGAUCGGCCUCCUGCAGCGCGGCGGUGACUGUGGCCGGCAGAGAGUCUCCUGGGAAGCUGGAAGGUUCCCGGUCUGUGACUCCCAGCGUCAGUUUUGCUCCGGUUUUUGUGAAAGGCCUCAGUGAUCUCCAGGUGAUGGAUGGGAGUCAGGUUGUGAUGAGCGUGGAAGUGACAGCCCAUCCCCCGGCGGAGAUUCUCUGGUUCCAUAACGGUAAUGAGAUCCAGGAGACGGAAGAUUUUCACUUUGAGCGGAGCGGCGACACCUUCUGCCUCUACAUCCAGGAGGUGUUUCCCGAGGACACCGGCAAAUACACCUGUGAGGCCUGGAACAGCCUGGGGCAGGCCCGGACGGAGGCCGCGCUGACCGUGCAAGAGCCGCAGGAGGGCACUCAGCCCUGGUUCAUCAGCAAACCCAAACCGAUGGUGUUAGUGCCCGGGCAGAGCGCGCUGGUCUCCUGUGCCAUCGCUGGAGAUCCCUUCCCUGAGGUUCACUGGAUGAAGGAUGGCCGUGAGCUGAGCGACGGCGAGGUCCUGCAGGAUGAAGACGUCUUCACAUUAAUCCUGAGGAGCGUCCGAGAGGAAGACGCCGGAGUCUAUGAAGUCCUCCUGAAGAACAUGGUGGGUGAAUGCAGCUGCCAGGUGCCCGUGAUGCUGCAGGAGGACGAGCUCGCAGGCAGGGCGCUCACACAGCAAAGGGAGCAGCCGGGCUUUUCAGAAAGAGAUGGAUGUGGACCUGACAGUGCACUAAGGAUUGGAGGUUUGACCCACAGAGCUGACGAUCAAGAGAGCAUCCGUGGUGUACUCAAGAGGAGAAUAGAGAUUAAAGAACGUACAGAGGAAAAGCUCCGGAAGCAAGAAGCUGAGCAGCUGGACUUCCGUAAUCUGCUGGGAAAGAAGGUGACCACCAGAACCGUUUCUGAGGAGAACCUUAAAGACGUCUCGGCCGAUCAGAUGGACUUCAGAGCCAACCUUCAGCGACAGGUCAAGCCGAAGUCCUCGUUGGAGGAUGAGCGCAAAGUCAAUAGCCCACAGCAGGUGGAUUUCCGAUCAGUAUUGGGAAAAAAGACUCCUGUCUCAAAGCCCCCUGUAGUGGAAAAAGUUGUAGCCAAACCCGCCACCCCCGACUUCAGGUCAGUCCUAGGAAAUAAGAAGAAAGUGCCAACCGAGAAUGGAAACGCCAACGGCAACAGCACUGAGCCCCACGAAAACGCAGAGCCGUUCAGCAGAGAGGACAAACUGAAGCCGCUGGUCAAAAAUGAAAAGCCAAAGCCUGCUGUCAAGGAGGAAAUUCUGAAGCCGGUGAUCAGUCUGGAGAAAACAAAGUCUCCGUUCGCCCAGGAAAAAGCCAAACCUCUGGCCGUGAAGGACGAGAAGCCGAAACCUGGCGCCAAGGAGGAGAAUGCGAAGCCAGUGGUCAACCAGGAAAAGGCGAAACCCCCGACCAAAGAUGACAAUGCAAAACCAGUGGUCAACCAGGAAAAGGCGAAACCCCCGACCAAAGAUGACAAUGCAAAACCAGUGGUCAACCAGGAAAAGGCGAAACCCCCGACCAAAGAUGACAAUGCAAAACCAGUGGUCAACCAGGAAAAGGCGAAAGUGACAGUCAAUGAAGAAAUUGCAAAACCAGCAGUAAACCAGGAAAAAGCAAAGCCCUCAGGAAAGGAGGAGAAGUUAAAAGCUGCAGCCAAUGAAGAAAGCACCAGACCCCCAGUCAAGGAAGAUGCUGUUAAGCCCUCCGCGGUGGAGGAGAACUCCAAACCUGCCGCCAAGGAGGAGCAGGUUGAGCAGAACUGUGUGUCCGUGGUGGAUGGAGAAGUGACUGUAGAGAGUCCGGUGGGAACUCGACCUGUGUUCUCCGAGGUCUUACAAGAUGCCAAGUUGGUGGAUGGAGACAAGCUGGCUCUACAGUGCCGGGUCACCUCAGAGCCACCACCAACCAUCACGUGGACUCUCAAUGGAAAAGUCAUAAAGUCAUCAAAAUUCAUUGUGCUCGCUCAGGAAGGGUCCGUCUGUUCUCUGAGCAUCGAGAAGACCUUCCCUGAGGAUGGCGGACAGUACAAGUGUGUGGCUGAGAAUUCUGCAGGAAAAGCAGAGUGCACCUGUAAUGUGACAGUAGAAGAUACUUCAGGAAAAACUGGGAUAACAAAGACCAAGAAGGCAAAAAGUAACACUGCACCCGCCAACAUCUCAGAAAAUGAAGGCACCAUUAAGAAGAAGGCAGCACCGAAGAGUCUCCUUAAAUCAGCUUCUCCACCCCAGAUCCUUCAAUUCCCAGAAGACAGGAAGGUCCAAGCCGGGGAGUCUGUGGAGCUGUUCUGCAAAGUUGCAGGGACGCAGCCGAUCUCAUGCAUGUGGAUGAAGUUCAGGAAGGAGAUAAAAGAGAGUGAAUUCAUUAAGAUAGAGAAGACGGAGGACACCUGCAAACUGACCAUCUCCUCUGCGCGGCAAGAACACUGCGGCUGCUACACGCUGGUUGCGGAAAACAAAUAUGGCUCCAGGCAAGCGCAGAUCAACCUGACUGUGUUCGAUAAACCUGACCCUCCCGCGGGUCAGCCGUGCGCCUCGGAAAUGAAAGGCUCUGCCCUCACCUUGUCGUGGUAUGGACCGACGUAUGACGGGGGGAGCGUGGUACAGUCCUACACAGUGGAGAUCUGGGACUCGGUGGAGAAGACGUGGUCUGACCUGACGCAGUGCAGGAGCACCUCCUAUAACGUGGAGAAUCUGCUGCACGACCGAGAGUACAAAUUCCGAGUACGAGCCACCAACGUGUACGGAACCAGCGAGCCGAGCCAGGAGUCCGAGCCGGCGGCCUACAAAGAGAAGGUGGCAGAAGAACAUAAAGAUGAAGCUGAGGUUUCAGACGACGAGGACAAGCAGACUGAGCCGGAGUACAGGAACGUCGUUAUAAACACCACCCAGAAGGUGUCCGACUUCUAUGAUGUGGAGGAGCGGCUAGGAACGGGGAAAUUCGGACAAGUGUUCCGCAUUGUGGACAAGAAGAGUCGGAAGGUGUGGGCCGGGAAGUUCCUGAAGGCGUAUUCCGCCAAGGACAAGGAUAGCAUCAGACAGGAGAUCGACAUCAUGAACUGUCUGCACCACCCCAAACUGGUUCAGUGCGUGGACGCCUUCGAGUCCAAGAGCGACAUGGUCAUGGUGCUGGAACUGGUCUCUGGGGGGGAGCUGUUUGAGAGAAUCAUCGAUGAGGAUUUUGAGUUGACGGAAAGAGAAGUCAUCAAGUACAUGAAGCAGAUCGUGGAGGGCGUGGGGUUCAUCCACAAGCAGGGCAUCGUCCACCUGGACCUCAAACCCGAGAACAUCAUGUGCGUCAACAAGACCGGCACCAAGAUCAAGCUGAUUGACUUUGGCCUGGCCAGAAGAUUAGAAAAUACCCCGAAUCUUAAAGUGUUAUUUGGGACCCCUGAAUUUGUGGCCCCCGAGGUUAUCAAUUACGAGUCUAUAGGAUACACCACGGAUAUGUGGAGCAUUGGAGUCAUCUGCUAUAUUUUGGUGAGCGGUCUGUCGCCAUUCAUGGGUGAUAACGAUAACGAGACCUUGGCCAACGUCACCUCCGCCACCUGGGACUUUGAUGAUGAAGCUUUUGACGAGAUUUCGGAAGAGGCAAAGAACUUCAUCAGCAGCCUCCUGAAGAAGGACAUGAGGAGCCGCUUGAAUUGUAUUGAAUGCCUGCAACAAACCUGGCUGCAGCAGGACACCAGCACCAUGGAGGCCAAGAAGCUGUCCAAGGAGAGGAUGAAGAAGUACAUGGCACGGCGGAAGUGGCAGAAAACGGGGAAUGCCGUGCGGGCGAUCGGACGCCUCUCAUCCAUGGCCAUGAUUUCUGGGCUAAGUGGCAGGAAGUCUUCAGGAAGUUCCCCCAGCAGCCCCCUGUCUGCAGAGGCAGAAGUCAGUGAAGAGGACAACCAAGCUUUCCUGGAAUCUGUAUCCGAGGAGCGACCUCCCUCACAGCCGGUUUUCACCAGGACCAUCAUGGACAUUGAGGUUGUAGAAGGCAGCGCCGCCAGAUUUGACUGCAGGAUUGAAGGUCAUCCUGAUCCGGAGGUGAUCUGGUACAAGGAUGAGCAGCCCAUCAAGGAGUCGCGUCACUUCCAGAUCGAGUAUGACGAGGAUGGCAACUGCUCCCUGACCAUUGCCGAGGUCUGCGGGGAUGACGAUGCCAAGUACACCUGCAAAGCCAUCAACAGCCAGGGGGAGGCGAGCUGCACCGCCGAGCUCCUUGUGGAAGUGAUGGCUGAGGAAGAGGAAGAGGAGGAAGAAGAAGAAGAAGAGGAGGAGGAGGAGGAGGAGGAGGAGGAGGAGUGAAGCAAUAUUCCAUAUGGGACAAAUUUCUAGCCACAAACUACAAGGGAACUUUCCCACCUGAUUCCCAGUAAGACACUCAACUCAAAGAAGCUGGAAGUCAUUCUCCACCCCACUGUCUGAAGACCACGUCCUCUGCCUGUGACGCCCCAGGGACUUUUCUCACUGCUCACUCAUUAUCUACAGAAUAAACUCUCUGAUCUGUCAUUAGAGGGGACACGUGUUUCUAGGAGAGCAGAUCUGACUGGAAACACAUCAUCGAGGAGGGGAAGACAUGAGCGACAGCCAUUCUGAGGGGGAGAAGCGCUGCAGUGUGAAUGGAGCAGAAACAAUGCAGAAUGAUAUAUUGUCGUGGAUACAGUGUAGCCCAGAAGACACAAUGCAGAGUGGAGGGGUUACAAUGUAUCAAACAUGGGGGUUGCAUUGUAGUAAGAUGGAGGGGAUACAAUGUAUCAUACAAGGGGGUUACAUUGCAGUGUGAGUGGACGGGACACAAUGUAUCAUACAAGGGGGUUACAUUGUAGUGUGAGUGAGGGGGAUACAUUGUAUCAUACAUGAGGGGUUACAUUGUAGUGUGAGUGAAGGGGAUACAAUGUAUCAUACAAGGGGGGUUACAUUGUAGUGUGAGUGGACAGGACACAAUGUAUCAUACAUGAGGGGUUACAUUGUAGUGUGAGUGAAGGGGAUACAAUGUAUCAUACAAGGGGGGUUACAUUGUAGUGUGAGUGGACAGGACACAAUGUAUCAUACAUGAGGGGUUACAUUGUAGUGUGAGUGAAGGGGAUACAAUGUAUCAUACAAGGGGGGUUACAUUGUAGUGUGAGCGAAGGGGAUACAUUGUAUCAUACAUGAGGGGUUACAUUGUAGUGUGAGUGAAGGGGAUACAAUGUAUCAUACAUGAGGGGUUACAUUGUAGUGUGAGUGAAGGGGAUACAUUGUAUAAUACAAGGGGGUUACAUUGUAGUGUGAGUGGAGGGGAUACAAUGUAUCAUACAAGGGGGUUACAUUGUAGUGUGAGUGGAGGGGAUACAUUGUAUCAUACAAGGGGGUUACAUUGUAGUGUGAGUGAAGGGGAUACAUUGUAUCAUACAAGGGGGGUUACAUUGUAGUGUGAGUGGAGGGGAUACAUUGUAUCAUACAAGGGGGUUACAUUGUAGUGUGAGUGAAGGGGAUACAUUGUAUCAUACAAGGGGGGUUACAUUGUAGUGUGAGUGGAGGGGAUACAAUGUAUCAUACAAGGGGGGUUACAUUGUAGUGUGAGUGGACAGGACACAAUGUAUCAUACAUGAGGGGUUACAUUGUAGUGUGAGUGAAGGGGAUACAUUGUAUCAUACAAGGGGGGUUACAUUGUAGUGUGAGUGAAGGGGA